GUUCUGCGCAUGUGGGGUCAGAGUUGACCGUCUGCCGUGGAGGAGUGCGGUAGCUAAGCUAACAGCUAGCAACACAUGUGGAGGGUACAACGGGAGGCAACCCUAACUCUGUCAAAAUUCCCCCAACCGAACCGUAAACUACUCAGAACUUUAGUCACAUUGAAUUUAAGGAAUAACAGUAGUUUACAAUGAAAGGUAGCCGGAUCGAGCUGGGGGACGUUACGCCCCACAACAUUAAACAGUUGAAACGCCUCAACCAGGUCAUCUUCCCAGUCAGCUACAAUGACAAGUUCUACAAGGACGUGCUCGAAGUGGGAGAGCUCGCCAAGCUAGCGUACUUCAAUGACAUUGCAGUGGGGGCAGUGUGCUGCAGAGUGGACCACUCUCAGAACCAGAAGAGACUGUACAUCAUGACACUGGGCUGCCUAGCGCCCUACCGCAGAUUAGGCAUAGGAACAAAGAUGCUGAACCAUGUGUUAAACAUCUGUGAGAAGGAUGGCACUUUUGACAACAUUUACCUUCAUGUGCAGAUCAGCAACGAGUCUGCAAUCGACUUCUACCAGAAGUUUGGCUUUGAGAUCAUUGAGACGAAAAAGAACUACUACAAGAGGAUAGAACCGGCAGAUGCCCACGUGCUUCAAAAGAGCCUGCGCAGCACUUGUGCGCCCCCUGGGGGAGAGUUGCAGAAGGCAGAGUAGCCUCUGGAAAGAGCAUGGUCGUGCCCCGCCUCCCCAAGAAACAGAACUGUGACAGAUGCCCAUGGGUCGACACAUUCACCACUUUCUUCAAAGGACGUUAAAAAGUGAAAACAAAUUCAAAGUUUAAAAAACAAAACAUGGCUGCAUUUUGAUUUAGCAACAAAACAAACACAUUUUGCAUUUUAUUUUUACUAUUUUUCUUCAUUUAGAAAUUUGAAAACAAAAUAAAGGAUUCAGAAUCCAAAAGUGCUCAGAAAAGCUGCCGACUUAAGACAGUUUAGAUAUGGUGGGGGGGUUCUGUGUUUGCAAAUCAUACUGUUUGAGUUGUUUUAAAUGCGGUUUGUACUAAAAAACCCGAUAGAACUGAAUAGGGAAUCUUUUACAGUAAGAGACUAUCGUUGACAAAGGAAGUCCAACUGGCAACCAUGGAGUGAUGCUUCUUGUAAUGGUGACACGUUUGGAACACUGAACUCAUCCCCUUGUCACCUGAGCCCAGGGACUUAUGGGAAGAGUUUUUACUGGUGGGUGAGACUUACUGUUUCUUCUUCUAGCAAUAUGCAAAGUGUGAGCCUUGCGCUGUGAUGCAAUGCCCCCUAUUGACAUCAAAGCUCUGAUGCCAGUCCAGAGGGGGAAAGGAGCACCCCACAGUGCGGGCAUGAGGAAGGAUGAACGGUUUCAAGUUGUGGGGAGAUUUGAGGAAGUGGAUUCCACUCUUUGUUUCUGAAUGGUUUUGUUUCUCAACCCAUCUAUUUAAUCCCCCCUUUAGAUAUUUUUCUUUUCAGCUCUUUUUAUAUAUAUAUAUAUUUAUAUAUAUAUAUAUAUAUAUAUAUUUUGAUGCUGAUUGGCUCAGGGCUUCUCCUGGGCUUGCCACAGAUGCUGUGAGAGAGUCCCGGAAACCUUCAGAGAGAUCAGGGUGUGAGAUGGGCAAAGGUGUAUGAGAUCACAGGAAAUAACUGGUUUAUUACGAUGUUGAUGUUUUUGUCAAAGUACAAAGAUGUGACAAUGAACAAGAUGUCGAGCAGGGAUUGCUUGAGUACUUGGCAGUUCAGGAGGCGGGUCUCUGUUUUAAGGACUAGAGCAGUUCAAUUGACUGGAUAAGAUGGCGUUCUCUCAGCCUGGGUGAAGUGCAUGAGUGAGAUUGUUGUGGAUGCUUCUGUUUAGAUUGGCACUUUAUAGUUAGCUGGAGUACUGUCUGGUACUGAGGCUAACCUUUAUUGGCCCCUGUAGUAGGAAGUAGGAACCCAGCCAACUAGAUCUUUCCACAUGUAUCUGUAACCUUUUUGUGCGCUUCACUCAUGACCAUUGUGGGAAGGUUGCGUGUUGGUUUGGUAGUUUCCUCUGUCUGUGGGGCCCCUUACAACAGAACCUGAAGCCCAGGAGAAACCUGCUCCACUGCAUGCUGGGAGAAUACUGCCCUCUCCACUGUAGUAAAAGCAUGUUUUGUUUUCUCCUUUUGAAAAUGAUCUUUUCUGGAGCUCUAUAUUGUAAGACUUUUUAACCUCUAAAUAAAAUAAAUGCUAUUUGCA